CCGAUGUCAAACAAGAGGGCUGAUGUCGGCCGGGCCGGCGUUAUCUUAAUGACCAAAAUUUGUCAAAAUGUAACGUCUGGAUAAUGAUAACCGUAAAAAUAUACAUGGUUUCUAAAUUUCAGUGAAGCAUAUUCUUUACACGGUCCCCGUCUGCCUUAUGGAAUGGUGGCACAUCGGGCCCCUGGUCCUCGCGGUGCUGGUCUUCCUGCUGGCGGGCACCGUCAUCGAGCGACACGUGGAGACUGCUGUACUACACUUCGUUAACCGCCACCCGCCCCAGAGCCAGGCCACAGUGGCAGUCGAAACCUCCGAUGGGCAGGACUUGCAGCAGCAACAGGAUGAUUGGCUGCAGCAGCAGCUGCUGAAGAAGAAGGAGGAGUUGGAGCAGCAGGAACUAUUGCUGCAGAAACUGCAACAGCAAGAGUUGCAAAAAGGACAGCGGUUGCAGCAGCAGGAGGCGCAACAGCAACACGAAUUGCUGGAUCACCAGUUGCUACGGAAACGGGCGGAGUUUCCGACGCUGUUAGAAAAGCAGCACACUGAGACUCUGCAGGAGGUAAAGCCGAGUGAAAAGAAGAGUUUACCUAACACGAGCGUUAACCGUCAGUUCUCCGCAUCUCAAGCCGCAUGGAAGCCCAUAGUGACCUCGUCACAGCUUCAGCAAGAGCCGCAGUUGGUGCCAUCGAAGCAGCGGCAGCAAUCUUUACACCAACAAUCAGUGCAGCCGAUUAAGCAACGAUCAUUACAACAAGCAGUGCAGCCUAUAAAGCAGCAAUCAUCGCAGCAGCAGCAAUCGAUGCAGCAGCAGCAGCAAAGACAAGGGCUGUUGAUGAAACAGCAGUCGCAGCAACACAGUGAUACGCAACCACCAUUGCCCUUCGUUGCCGUCUCCGAAAAAAGCAUCCUGCAACCCACAAGCAAGACCACUGUCGGCAGCAAAGCUAUGGACAUGCAGUUCAAUCCAAAACCCUAAUCUUCCAUAUUAACUUACUUAUAUAACCGUCCUUAUUUGUCAAACAUGGGCCCCGAACGCUUCAAGUAACUUUUGCAAUGUCGUAACACAAACGUUAGUCCAAAAUCUCACAAAGGUUACUUGAAUAUCUUCGUUCACGUGUGAAUAUUAUUUGAAUGUCACAGUUCUAAGGCAAAAACAUUUCACAAAAGGAAGAAAAAACUUAGAAAACACCGAACUUUGGUAUUUAGAUCUAAUUACGUGUUGAACUUGCUGACCCCAUAGUUGUAAGUACAUGGAUAGCCCGUUUUUUCUAAGUUUAGAAUUUUUCUAACCUCAAAAGUAGAAGUAAUCAACUUUUUCUUCUGAUUUGGUCGGGUUCCUAUAAUAACAUUGCGAUACAAUAAUAUGUAGGUACACGACACAAUAAUUCAGUGCAUAGUAACUCAGAUUUAAUUUUGAACGAAAAAACUUACCACUACUUUUGAGGUUAUAAAAUUUCUAUUCAGAAAAAAAUGGGGUAUAAAAGACAGGGGUGUCAUUCACGAAGACGCGUGCCUUAACUCGUGCUGUCAUGUUAUUAAAGGUUAGAUUUGACAAAUCUGCGCGUCAUCGUGGAUGACACGAACUAUAGGGACCGUGCGCGUUGGAGGGUCUGCCAUCUUGUGGCCUGAAUCGGAACCAUAAACAUGUACAUUUACACGUCACGUGUUUUCUUGUGCAUAGGAGGUUCUGCCAUCUUGUGGGCUACAUCGGAACAAUAAACAUCACAUUUACGCCUCGCGCCUAAAAUCUGACGGCUCCUGUGCUGCCUUCUACAGUUCAUGCACGCUCCCUAUAGUUGGUUGCUUUUACUGUAUUAUUGAUGGUAUGUUGGAUGGAUAGUAUAAACCCUCAGCUACUGUGUCAGCAAUUCAUGGAACGUGUAGACCAAGAUACCUAACCUAAUGAAGCAUUCACUUAAGUUAUUUAUAAUUCUGCUUUUUUUAUUGACAAAAUGAUUCGCCGGACCAUAAUGUAUGUGUAUAAUAAAUAGAUAUCAAUCUAAA